AUGGCACCUCAAAAGAAGUAUAUUUGUGCAUUUUGUGCAAGAGCAUUCUCUCGAUCAGAGCAUAAACAGAGGCAUGAACGUAGUCACACGAAUGAGAAACCAUUCCAUUGUCAAUAUUGUACAUCUGCGUUUGUAAGGAGAGACCUUCUUCAAAGACACUGCAGGACGGUUCACAAUGUCAACAUGGUUCCAAAUUCGUCUAAUAAGUCUAGGAAAUCCAACCUGAUAUCAUCACCAGUAUCUCCUGAAGAAAUAGAAGAUCCAUACGAUGUAUACAAACAACAACAGGGACAUCCAGACAAUAUCCCAGUCUCUUUAAUGAUACCCAUUCAUCCUAAUAGCAAUAAUAUUUUAGUACCAUCCGCCGCCACUACCAUACAUUCGAAUGGAGUUGGAAGCCCUCCAAAUUGCUAUACCUCCUUGACGGUUAGUGGCCCAAAUAGCUCUACUUCUAUUGCAUCAGCAUCCAUAUCCAAAUCAACUGAUAUGCAUAAAUCAAUUAUCAACAGUAUAUCAUUAUCAAAGAAGUUGAAUAUUGUACUUUCUAAUUUUGAUAAAAUAUCAAUUCUACAAACAAAGGAAUCAUCUAAAAUUCAUUACAUAUUAUCAAAUUUCAAUGUGAUUUUACCUCAUGGAUUAAACACUUCAAGAGAACCAGAUGAUUAUUUUCUUGCAUGGAAUAUUAAUCAGUCCAAGUUUCCUAUCCUUGAUACAUUGGGGAAUGAAAUGGAUGAUUUUAUUGAUUCAUUUUCCAAUUCUUCAACCAUUUCACUCAUUGGAAGAUUUUAUUCAAAAUUUAAUGAUUAUACCCAUUCUCUUAACAUUACUCCCAUUGAUUCGCAAAAGAUCCUUGAGAUAGAAUGUAAAAUAUGUUUAUUAUAUUCGUUGUUAGCCAUUGGGGCUUCCAACUAUGAAGAUAUCCAAGAUUGUAUACUUUUGUUUAUGAAAUCAUGGAAUUUACUUAUUACAAAUCUAAUUCCAAGAUUAAAUUCCAAUACUAAUCAUGUUGAUUCUUCUCCAGGAUCAUCUUCCAAAGUUCCAAAUCCAGUCAAUUUUGAUAUUAUUCAUGAUCAAAUUAUGAUAUUGAAGAAUUUGUUCACAAUUUCAUAUAUUUGUUUCCAACUAGAUCUGAGAUUAAAGGACAUAUCAUCUAAUAAUAUCAGUUCUGACAUCAUUUUCAAUUAUCUUGAUGAUAUUAGUUACAUUAUAAUGUCUCAUUUAGAAGAAAGCGUACAAAAGACAUACUCCGGAAGAAGCUCCAGAUCUUCAAGUUCAUCAUCAUUACAUUCAACUAUGAGUUGUAUUUCAACGACUGCAAAUGGAUCCAAUAACAUAAUAGAUGAAAAUAUGUCUUUAUUUUGGAGCAUUUAUAUUCUAUUAUCAAAUUAUUUCAUGAUGAAUAAUCAUCCACCUCCAAAGAUUUAUAAAAUAUUAUUGGGGAAAACUUUAAAUGAUACAAAUAAUUCAAAAUCUUCUGAUACAUUAGUUAGUAUUAUGGAAAAUCUUACCACUUCUACAAUUGAAAGCCUUUCAAGUUUUAAUAAUGAAAUAGUGGUUAUUACGUUAUCAAAUGAGCUUCAAAGUUUUAUUCAUUAUGAUAAAAUGUUUGUAUAUAAACUGAAAAGUAUUUUACACAAUUCAAUUAUAUUGGCUAACAAAUCAUUCAAUGAUUCAGAUAACAAUGGAGGAAGUUAUAUUUUUGAAAUGCUUAAGAAGAAAAUGAUAAUUAAUAGUCCAACCAAAUAUCAAGGAAUGUUGAAUAAUUAUAUUUUCAAUCCAUCCCAAAGCUUUAAUUGGAACUUACUUUAUAUUUCAAUUAAAGAGUUUAAUUUGGAAAAUUAUAAUUUGAAUAUUAAUCAAUUUCAGGAAAGUCAAAUCUUUCUGAAGUUUAAAUUCAAUGAAUUCUUCAAAACAUUUUUCAACGAUUUCAAUGAAAUUGAUAAUCAUACCAAUAUUGAAGAUGAAGAAGUUAAAAAGGAUGAAUAUUUGAAAUUCAUCAAGUAUUUAUUACCAUUUUUCACUAAAAAUCUGGGGAAUAAUAACAAUACAAAUAAUAAAAAUACAGAAGAAGAUAGUCCUCAUUUUUUCGAAGCAUUGAGUAAUAACCAAAGUCAGAACCAUUUCAUCAAUAAUAACUUGGGAAUUGCAAGUUUGCCUAUUUUAUUUAAUCAUCAAUGUCUUAAAAUCAGUCAUAAUCUGAAUGGUCAUUGGAAUAGUUUUGAAAAGAAAAGAUUCAAUUAUUUAUUAUUAGAGUGGUAUUUGACCAUUGUUAAAUUGAUCAUUGGAUUGAAAAAUGACUCAAACAUUUAUAGUGGCAAUGUUAAGGGCCAUCAAAGAUCAACACUGCAAGAUUCAGGAUUACAAAGUAUUCAUGAUAUGCAUAUGAAUCAAACCAGAAUUUUAAAUACCAAGUCAAAAAAAAGUAAUGAAUAUGAGUUGUCCAAUAAUUAUAUUUUUCAAUGUCUUAUUUACAUCAUGAAGGAAAUUUGUUGUAAGGUUCAACUUCCAAAUGGAUUAACAUGUCAAUUACGAGAUUUUGAUGAAUAUUUAAAUUUCGAAAAUGAUGAUUUUACAAUUACUGACGGAAUUAUUUAUUGUAUUUUGAAAAACCUUGAUAUGAUUAUGGAAGAUUGGAUGAAUAUUAUUAAUAACAAGAUUAAUACAAACAACAGAGAUAAUAAUAUUAAUCAAUCGAAUGGAUUUCUAAAUCUUAAAAAAUUUCUUGAUGAUUAUAUUUAUUCACAAUUAAAGUUGAGUCAAAAUAACCAAGGAGAGAAUGUAUCAAUAUAUACAAUUCCACACCGUCAUCUGAUUAGUGUUGCGAGCUUAUCAACAAAUAAACAAGUUGAUGCAAAUUAUAUUUUGCAACAAAAGCAAUAUACAGUACAACACCAUCCAGGAUUGACGACAGUUGCCACUACUGGUACUGGGACUGGAUCUGGAUCUGAACUUGGUCCAGUUACAAUCCCUGGACAAAUACAGCCUAUACACCAACAACCACAACAGUUUAUUCAGUCUCAUGUGUUUAAUACUGGGAAAGAUGUACAUCUACCUCCAAUUCUCCCACCAUUAGCCAAGCGCACAAAUAAUCAUGAAGCUACCCAUUUACACCAAUACCCAUAUCAUGAAGAAUUUAAAACUGCUAAAAGUGAUUCUUCAAAAUGA